UCCAAGCGCUCAAUGUUUCUUUAGUUAAUUUUUAGCGUAGUUAGUUAUUACCCUGCAUAGAUAAGCUUAAAGAUUGGGGUUAAAUUUCUUUCGGUUUUUUUAAAAUUAGCUGAGGUUGAUUUUAAAUUGACAUCAUUCUGUUGUGAUUUGUACAUAAUUUCUUUUUCAGGUGGUGUAUGGUAAUAUCAAGCGUCUUGUGUGUCUAUUGGUUUAUCAGAGUGACGUCAUGCGAAAAUUAUUCGAUUACUAAAUGCCUAAUUACGGCAUCAAGCUCAAAAUAACGACGUGUUAGUGGUUUUUAUUGUUGUUGAAGCGUUACCAAGUCUAAACAAUUGUGUUUGGUGGUCUGAGAACAACGGCUGCAAAACUAUUAAGAAGCAUUUGUUUUAUUCGCGUUAUCUCAAUUAUUUGGGAUUUAUUUGGUUAGUAUACCAUAUAACCUUCAAGCUUGAAUGACCUCAUUUUAGAUAUCGAAAGGUGUGGCGUGUCAAGUGUCUUAAGUUAGUCGUGUGCUACUCGAGUUGCUUUGCUAUGUAAGAGUGCUGCUAUACCUGGAUGCUAUUAUGAUCUAUUAUUCGAAACAGUUAAUUGUAUUUGACUUCUAUUCACAAGAAAUUGGUGCUUGCUUUACAUGAAGUCUGAAACUUUGAUAGGUUUUGAGCGUUUCUAGGCAUAGAGUUGAUAUUAUGUCAUAUAUUCUUCUUUCACUUAACUAAUUAUUAUUCCAUUAAUAUUGCUUUACUGCAAUAAUUGGUGCUUGGUGUUGGUUCAAUCGUGAGACCCAAAGUUAAAGGAUACAUUUUGCUUUUAAAUCUGGCCAUAAUGAUGGCAUUUCAUCAUUCUUUGUAAACUCUAGCGGUCAUCGAAUAAAGCUGGACCAGUGAAAAAUGUCGGUUCUGAAGCCCUUAGCAAGACUGUACAACCAGUUAAACCCGGCUACCCUCUCGGGGGCGAUCGAUAUCGUAAUCGUGAAACAGCCGGAUGGAUCGUUCCAGUGCUCGCCCUUUCACGUGCGAUUCGGGAAGUUCCAGGUGCCAUAUGCGUCUCUCAGCAUGCCAGAAGUAGAAAUCAAGAUCAACGACAAGCUGUGUCGCAGUGUGAAGAUGAUAGUGGGCGAGAAUGGGGAAGCCUUGUUCUGUCACGAGGACUCGGUGGACCCGAACGCCUACGAUGAGACAGAGGACGAAGAGGAACUUGGAUCCCAAGAAGAGGAUGAGGUGAGUGAAGUGGAACAGAUGGAGGAAAUGUCUCUUGCCAGUUCAGAAGAGGAGGAUCUGUCUUGCAGAAAACAGUCUCAGGAAGCCAUUUCAUCCUCAGCCUCAAGAGUAGCUGAAAAUGAGUCCUCGCUACAGACACAGCCGCACCAAAAACCGGAGACUGUGCCUGCCUUGCCUCAAGAGCACUUGCCACCUAAUAAGAGAAGGAAAUACCGAAAGCGACGUUCACAGUCCUCAGCAAAAGCCGAGUCUUCCAAUCGACCCUCACGUCACAAAAGAAGCAGUAGCUCUUCCACUCUGCCAGUUAUUAUCCAAUCUUCCCAUACUAACAUAGCACAGGCUUGGACAUCUACCUCAUCCGGAACGGAAACUAUUUCCAACAUCCCCCCACAACACCAACUCAAAUCAGACGAAGAGGGAAUAUUUGACAUGGAAAUUGAACCAGAACACCAGUCGCUGUGUGCAACACCCACACAGAAAUCGCCAACGUCUGCUUUUGUAUCAGUAGAGUCCGGCUCACGACACUCACAUGUGCAAUUACCUGGAAAUGAAACACUAGAAGAAGAUGGAAAUAUUAGGUUGCUUGCGAAAGUGCAAAGGUUUCCAGAGGAGUUCGCACCAGCUAUUCUGGAAAAUCCUAUCGAUCCAUCAAUACUUCAUUGUGCAUCCGAUUGUGAACAAGAUAUCCCCGAAUCACCUUUAUCUACUAGUCCACUAACAGUAACCCAUGCUAGACUCUUGGAACGACCAGACAGUCCGAAAAGCGAUAGUGAAAUUGGAACCUCAACUAGCAAUGUCAUCGAAAACGUCAGCUGGCGAUGGGGUGAACAUCUGGAACCAUACCAGCCAGAGACACCGUUGUCACCGGGGAGCGCGGGAAACAGGGUUGGUCUACCGGCUGAAGAAAAUAGAGCCAACAACCAGAGGGUGAGGUCACUGUCGCCACCUUCAGUGCAAGAUCGAGCAAAGAAGAGUGAAACUUCGCAGAAAGGCGGUAUCUACCUUGAGAACUUAGCUUCGGUUGAUCAAACAACCAAACAGAUGUAUCUAUACUCCAAAGCAUCACAAAAGAGCACCGCGAGUGUCAGCGAAAACAUAAGAACUCCUCCUCGCAAAUCACGGCGACAUAGCCAAACAUCAUCGUCGUCAACCAUCAGCCCUUUCGGAACACAGUACUCGAACUCCGAUGGGAUCCCAAGUCAUAUGAGCAGGCCUAGUUUUGCAUAUAAUCAGCCUUCGUAUAACCUGGAUGAAAGCACGAGCGAAAUCGGAUCAUCCAUGCCUCAAAGUCCAGGAUUUGCUAUGGAAGAUAUCGCCACACAAACGCAUAUUGGAUCGGACGGUGAAGUUUUACAUUGCAAUAUUGAGCUGUCGCUUUGUGGAGGUCUGAAAAACGCCGGAAGUGUGAUUUCAAAGAAAACUUUUGAUCAGUACUUGGUGACUUACGAUGAGUUCCAAAACGAUCCUUUUGGAGUUUUGACGAAUCCGAAUCUUGUAGUGAAAAUGAACGGAAGCUACUUAAAAUGGCAAGUUGCGGCGCCCUUGAUUAUUAGUCACGUGGUUUUCCAAAGGUCACUGGAUGAUCCGGCCAGAGGAAAGCUUAUGAAAAAUUUCAUGGGAAGUGGUUCAUCGUCAUCUAGAGGUUGGUGGUGGUCACGAUCGAAAAACGAUGCGACAUCUACGCCAUCGACAUCUGUUAUUCAGACGGCACCAACUUUGAAUAGUGGAAAUCUCUUGGUGGAAGGAGGAACUGUAGCAGCUAGUUCUAAUCUGACUUCAUUUGAAACUGCGAUGACUGACGUUGAGAGUAGUGUGAGUCCCCAACCUGGCGUGGAAACCUCGAAAGUUGAGGCGGGAACACAGGUUCCCAAAAACGCAGAAUGCGCUUUAGCAAUCGAGCCUCAAACUACCAACAGGCUCUCGUCCAAUCAGAUCGCUCGUCUGAAUCUGCGCAUGGGAACCAAUGACAUCUCAUUCCGCAUCACAUCUCAGUUCUUCGGAAGCACUACCUUGCAGGCCAACAUAUUUGUUUUUGACCACAACGAGAAGAUCAUCAUCUCAGAUGUGGACGGGACAGUGACCAAGAGUGACGUCAUGGGUCAGAUUCUGCCUCAGAUAGGAGUGACAGACUGGAGUCAGCAGCACAUUGUGGAUCUCUACCAGAAGAUAGCUGACAAUGGGUUCAAAUUCCUCUACCUUUCUGCGAGAGCUAUCAGCAUGGCUAGUAUGACGAAGACCUAUUUGAGAAAAGUGCGUCAGAAUGAAAAGACACUCCCAGAUGGACCUCUGUUGCUAUCCCCUGCCUCACUAGUGUCUGCAUUCCAUCAGGAGGUGAUUCUGAAAAAGCCAGAGGAGUUCAAGAUCAGGUGUCUCUCUGACAUCCGGAGUCUGUUUCCCAAUGGACAGCAGGACAACCCAUUCUACGCCGGAUUCGGAAACAAAUCAACUGACAGUGUCUCAUACAUUAGUGUCGGUAUACCCACGGCCAAGAUAUUCAUCAUCAAUCCUAAAGGUGAUGUGAAAAUAGAAAACGCACUGUCCAUUCAGACUAGCUACUUUGACCUCUGUAGCAAAGUAGACCACCUGUUUCCGCCUCAAAACUCACGCAACAAGUUUGACAACAUUGGCUUCAGCUCAUUCCACUACUGGCGAGAACUUCCUCCCAUCCCGUCACCACUGUCAUUGGAAGCUUCAAUAAACAACGAGAUGACGCUCUCGACUAGCAGUUCAAGCAAUGAGAAGUCGACUCAGCAACUAAAGCAGACGCAACAACAUAAGUCUACGAAGAAAUAGAGAAAGAAUUAUGGCUAGCUCUGUUGUUAAGUGUAAAAUAUAGCUAACGAUGUAGACUUUAGUUUGUAGCAACUUACCGUGACGCUAUUUUUUGGAAGUGCACAUCUUCCUAUUUCAAACUGCACAUGUUUAAAACUGUGAGAUCGAUACCCUGUCCUGCAGUGACCGAAAUCUGCGUCGUUUAAACUUGCUAAGAUUCUUUGUGUAAUAUUAAUCGAAAUUGUUAGGUAUAUAUAUAGAAACAAACUUCCAUAUUCAGAUAUUAGAAAUCAUGUGCUACUGGGAUUUGAUAGGAAUAUUUAUUUAUUAAGGAUGAAAUCAAGUUAAGUUCUCAGAUUGGGACCAGUAUGAUGCAUUCUGCGAAUGGCCAAAUUAAUAAUCAUGUUUAUCUCCAUUUGGUGCAAUUGCGCUAUCAGCUCUCCAUGUCAUCAAGUUCAAAUUUUGAAUUGAAAUCUUAAAUCGUU